AUGCCGUUCCAUGACAGGAUGGCUGCUUUGGGGAAAGAAGGCCGGCUGCAACUGGGUAGGAGCUCAAAGGCGGAUAAGCCGAUCGUCAACGACUCAGACAUCCCGCUGACGCUCACAAGCAUUCAGCGAAACCAUAGUGCUGUCGAGGGAGCAGAGGUUCCAGUCCAGAGAUCCGAGCAACAGCCAGACGAUCAGUACCGUCUCCACAACCUCGUCUGGAUACUUGAGAGACUUCGAUACAACGUCUUGCCGGAAGACCCAUCAGGCAAUCUACCUCAAAGCCCAUGCCCUCCCUCCGAAGCAUCGAUUCUUGAGGAAAGUCACGCAAGAACUCACAGAGCAAUGUUUCAGAGCGCUGAUUCUGAGAACACAUUUGUCCAAAAAGUAGCCCAAAGCGUCGCGCUCAACGAGUCUGGAAUUGCAGCAAGCAGCGCAAAGCAUCGAGAGAAAAGAUUGGAAUACACGAACAAGACAAGGCUUAGGAAGCAGAACAGGAGGUGA